CUUUAUCUUUUUUCAGUAAUCAAUUAUCUAUACUUUUACUUCAUCUUUCCCCAAAUUUCAACUAUUCACGAUUACAUUUAUAUAAAAAGCCAUAAGAAAGAAAUAUGGAUUAGGAAACAUACGACUCGGUGAGAAAAUCAACAUUACUGAUUUGCUGUGAGCGAGAGGUAAAGCUGCAACGAUGAGCGGCACGACAGGACCGACGACCGUCUGUGGUUCAGGUAGAUUAAAGCAACCAACGAAACGAAUCAACAGAGGGUUAAGAGGCAAAAAGAGCGUGAGAAUGGAGACUGGAUUCGUGGGAUUAACAAUAGAAAGCUUAACAACAUACGAUGACCAACAGAUUGAAGAUCGAAAAUGGCAUACAACAAAGCCUCCAUGCUUUUCAGCUGCAUCCUCUUGCUUUUGUUGGCGCUUACUUUCUCCAUGGGAGAAAGUAAAGUCACCUUUCACACUAGGUCCACAGUGCAAGGAACAUUGGUGUGCAACGAGAUCUACGGGACACAAGUUGGGGACACAUGCUUUAGUAUAAUAGAGGCCUUCCAUCUCACGGCUUCUACCUUCAAUACCUACAAUCCUAAUUUGAACUGUCAGAAGGUCUUUGUUGGAGAAUGGUUGUGCAUUAAUGGUAUGGUAGUUUGAAGAUGGUUCUUACCAACUUUGUUGUGUUAGCUGUCUUUUUAAAAAAUAACUUGAAAUAAUGUUAUUUCAUUUAUGAUAUUCCUUGAAGGGUAUGGUGAAUUAUGAAUUCUUCUUUGGAUCUUUGUGUCUUUGACAAACAUCGUAUUCUAUAUUUGAAUUGCGUUAGAUGAGUUUAAA